CUGAUCUUCACGGAUCUACAUGUUCCCAUCAUGGCUGACUUGAUAUUUUUUGAAAGCAUUCAGCGGUCAUUAGAGACCGAAACAGAGCUUCGCGAAAAUAUCCGCACUGCUGUACGAGACCUGGAGCGAACAUGUCGAACUGUCGCGGCUAUUUUGAGUCAAGUCCACUCGGCGACCACAGAUUCAGAUGUCGGCCAGCAAGUCAAUGCCGCACUUGACCGCUUUGCAAAUAUCCGAGCCGAUAUUCAGAAUGUUGCUAAACUAGUGCCGCAUGAGCAAUACUAUCGAUAUAACGGCAUGUUUACGUUCACAUUGCAACAAGCGAUUUUUUUGGCGGCUUAUAUUGUAUACCUUCAAACGGAGAAGUUAUUGACUGUUCCUCAAGUGGAGGAGAUGCUUGGAGUGGAGGUCAGUCUACGUGGCACUAGUCCGACUUUUCAUAUUGGGAUUGAGGACUACUUGCAUGGUCUUGUCUCGAUUACAAGCGAAUUGUCGCGAUUAGCAGUCAACUGCGUAACACAUGGUGACUAUUCAAGACCCUUACGGAUAUCAAAGUUUGUGGGGGAUCUCUAUUCUGGGUUCCAAUUGUUGAACCUAAAGAACGAUGCUCUACGAAAGAGAUUCGAUAGCAUCAAAUACGACGUUAAGAAGAUCGAGGAGGUGGUUUACGAUAUAUCAGUUAGAGGUCUAGCUGGGAACCAAACCGCUGAGAAACGUUGAUAUAGUGGCUGUUGCAGGGUCGGUUCCAUUCGGAGAACGUUUACAGCAGAGUAUUGAAAGGGAGCCUCUGCGCUGUGUGCUCAGAUAUCGGAUUUUUCUCCGCAACAGCGCACUAGCAUUGUAUCAUACUGAUUGGCGGCGCUCAUACAUAAUCAACGCUUCGCCAUCCAGAAUAAUCGUUCGGAGUAUGGGUGUAGACUUUUGUGCGUGGGUUCGUUAUGGAGCGUUCUUCAAUGGCGAGGAAUGGCGUGGGGAGACGCAAAUAGUUCUAAUCUUACAGAAACCUUGGAAAUUUGUUGGCAAAAAAAGAGAUCAAAGUCGUUGAUACAGGAGAUUGUUAUUCCGGAUAUGACUACGAAGAAAACUACAUUGGGAUAUGUCUAGACAAUUUUGGAACGGAUAUCGGUUCGUAAAGGAGCGAUUUCAUAGAUAGCAGCAAAAUGAAAGUAACAAAAGAAAAAU